AUGCGGGUACUACGAAAGUGUUUCAGUCGAGAGGGUGUUCCUCAAGUGCUGAUGACUAAAAAUGGGUCGCAAUUAUGCGCUGCUGAGUUGAAAACGUGGCUGGACAGUAUUGGAUGCCGACAUCUGCGCACAGCACCACGUCACCCCUGCUCGAACGGCGCAGCAGAAAAUUUGGUGAAAACAGUGGAGAGUGCCAUUUCCUCUGCAAAUCCAAGGACAAUUGUAGAGUUGGAGAUACUCCUAGACAACUUCCUACUGCAAUACCGGAAUGCUGCACAUGCUACCACCAAAGAAAGCCCAGCAAAACUGUUCAAAGCCAGAAGCUUACUGUCCUCACUGCGAUGUGUGUAUUCGAGUGACGUCGUAUACUUCCGAGGAAACGAAUUGAGACCAUCAAGAGGAAUCAUUACCCGCAAGGUUGGCCAAGGUGUGGCUGAGAUCGCUCAUCUGGUAGAUGAGAUGGUUCAUCGACGCCACAUCAACCAAAUUCACUUCAACCAACUUACACUUUGA